AGAACACAGGAUAUGCUUGCUCUCAGUUUCACAGCAACAGCAGCAGCAGCAGCUACAGCAGCAGAGGACGACACGCUCUGCAGUCAAGAUGAGUGCUGGGGAUGUGGUCUGCACUGGCUGGCUCAUUAAAUCACCCCCGGAGAAGAAACUCAAGCGAUUUGCAUGGAGAAAACGUUGGUUUGUCCUACGAAGAGGUCGCAUGAGCGGGAACCCUGAUGUGUUGGAGUACUACCAAAGUAAAAGUUCCAAAAAGCCAAUCCGCAUCAUUGACCUGAAAGAGUGCAAGGUGGAAAUGCUGAACGGGCAAUUGGGGAUAAAGCGUGACUUCCAAGAAAAGCAUCUCUUUGUGGUAAAGACUUCUGCUCGUAUGUUCUACCUGGUGGCCAAGACUGAGGAGGAGAUGAACGUCUGGAUCAGCAGCAUCAGUCAUAUUUGCCAGUUUGGCAACCACGAGGAAGCAGGGAGCUCUGAAGAAGGAUUUCCUCACACCCCAGCAUCACUUCAGCCGUCAAGUGACAACUCUGACCGGGUUUGUCUAUCAAGUCAACAGGGCUCUAGUCACCCACCCGAUUAUCUUGUCUUGUCCCAAUGCGGGACAGGAAGUGGAAGCACUUGCAGACAUAACAGCUUUUCAAAUUCUGAUACUUCUUUGGAGCAGAAGUCGACAGAAGAUGUUUUCAAGGACAUUGUGCCCUCACCUCCCUGCAGUGGCUCGUCAUCUUUUAACUGCAUUUCUCAGUUCCGCCUCAGUCCAUCUCCGUUCCCACACGGGAUGCUGAGCAACCCUCCUCUCAGCGCGCCUUGCACCGCCCUAGCGCCACCUUCCUCCUCAUCUCCGCUCCAUCUCUGCGCUAUGAGCGUCUUCCAGUUUGACAAACCAUACUCCCGUGCGUCAUUUGAGGCCGCCAAGGACAAGCAAACACCUCCUCCGCUGCCACCUAAGCCCAACCAUCUGCCUGAUGAAGGCAUUCGCAGGCCGAGGGCAAUGAGUGCACGGCAUUGCCCAAAACAUGUCGCGCCGCUUUUCCGAAGGACAUCUUUGUCAAGCUUGGACCAUUUCACAAUUGAUGCUGACAGCAGAUCAACAGGAAACAGAAGGCAGACUUUUAAUGUGGUGAGACAAUCAUGGCACAACCAAAGCCAGCAAGACGAGUCCUACGUCGCCAUGGUUUCCACACCGUCACGUGUCAGCGUUGUUGAAGGUGACGCUUACAUUCCCAUGAGCCCCAUCAGCAUGCCCGAUACAAACAAAAAAGUCAAGGCCACCAAGACUCUCAGCUCCCUCGUGUGCCAACCGGGAGAAUUUGCACCUCCUCCGAUCCACCGUCAUCUCAAACCUUGUUUAAGGAGAGCUCGACCGCCACCUCUUGAUUUGAGAGGCCUCUCUACAAUCACUGAAUGUCCCGCACAUCAUCCUUUGAGCAGAACAAAGACUGAUUCGUGUUUCAGCUUUUCUGGAACGUGUUUAUCUUAUGAAGGAAGCUUUGAGAACGGGGACAAUUCAAGAGAUGAAGAUGCAAAGUGGGCCACAACGGAGUCAAGACAACGCUUCUCCCUCAAUGUCGAAGGAGUUGUUCAACCUUGGGCAAGAAGAUCAAACCUUGACUAUUUAUCAUUGGAUUUCAACUCAGCUUCUCCUUCUCCUGUACAGAAGAAGCCUCUUCUUUCUGAUGAACAUCGGGUAGAUUACGUGCAGGUUGAUGAGAAGAAGACUCAGGCACUACAAAACACCAAGAUGGAAUGGAUAGAUGUGCGACAGUCCAAAACAUAAGUCAAGAAAGUCACAAUGAAAAAUAUCAGCACAUUUGGUUGGUCUGAAAGAAAAACCUUCAGCAUCUUCAACAUGCACUGGGGGGAAAAAAUGACAGCAAAUCUGUUCUAUUAGUUCUCAUUGAUUUGAAAUGUAGCAUAAUAUUUCUUUGUGAAGGACCAAACCACACCACAGAAAUUCUGCUCAUAAAUAUUCAUACUGCUUAUUUAACCUGCAUCGAUAAUGACAGAACGUAAAAAAAAUGUGACAAGUAAAUUAUUCUUUUUUUUUCUCCUCACUGUGAUUAUUUUGUAAGUUAUUAAAAGGAUGGAAACAUG